AUCAGUUCAGUUCAGUUUUGUGAAGUUCAGAGGCAGUUUUUCCAAACAGAGCAAUUCAGUUAGAAACUGAUAGAAACUGAAUCAGUCAUCUUUGAAAGGAGUCUGAACCAGAACAGCUGAGUUAAACCAGCCAACCAGAGCUCAGAAAGAGCAAGCAAAGGCGAUGAGUUCAUUCAGCAGAGGACUCCGACAGCCUAUACAAUGUGCCUAUCCUUUGGAUCAACUGAUACCAUAAGAAGUUGGGAAGAUGAUAUGACUAGCAGCCUCUAUUAUUACCACGUUAUUAUAAUAAGUGCAAGAGAAAAUUUCAAAACAUGAACUAACAAUUCCUUCAAGCAAACAGGAGACCCAAGCAAGUGGAAUAAGAAUCACCCUAGAAGCUUCGGAGCCCCUCUCUAUGAUGAACCUCAGCACUGCAAACCUCCAAAUAUCCCUAAAUGAUGGGAACAGCAUUCCAAUCAUUGGACUUGGAACCUAUUCGGAUCCUAGACCGGUCCCUACAAAGACCUAUGAGGCAGUGAAGACAGCUAUUGAAGAGGGCUACCGGCACAUUGAUGGGGCCUAUGUCUACCACAAUGAGCACGAAGUCGGUGAGGCCAUCAGAGAAAAAAUAGCAGAAGGGAAGGUAAAGAGGGAAGAGAUCUUCUACUGCGGAAAGUUAUGGAGUACAUAUCAUGACCCAGAGAUGGUCCGCCCAGCCCUAGAAAGGACGCUAAAGGCCCUCAAGCUAGAUUACAUAGACCUUUAUAUCAUUGAAAUGCCCAUGGCCUUUAAGCCUGGAGAGGAAUUUUACCCUAAAGAUGAAAAUGACCGAAUAAUAUACCACAAAUCAAAUCUGUGUGCCACGUGGGAGGCACUGGAAGCUUGCAAAGAUGCUGGCUUGGUGAAAUCCCUUGGGGUAUCUAAUUUUAACCGCAGGCAGCUGGAGCUCAUCUUGAACAAGCCAGGACUCAAGUACAAGCCAGUCACCAACCAGGUGGAGUGCCACCCAUAUUUCACCCAGACAAAACUCUUGAAAUUCUGCCAGCAGCAUGACAUUGUCAUUGUCGCAUAUAGCCCCUUAGGGACCUGCCGCAACCCAUCAUGGGUGAAUGUAUCUUCUCCACCCUUGUUGAAGGAUGAACUCCUAACUUUGCUGGGGAAAAAGUACAAUAAGACACAAGCUCAAAUUGGGUUGCGUUUCAACAUCCAGCGAGGGAUUGUUGUCAUUCCUAAAAGCAUUACCCCUGAAAGGAUCAAAGAAAACUUUCAGGUCUUUGACUUUUCUCUCACCGAAGAAGAGAUGAAGGACAUUGAAGCCUUGAAUAAAAACGUCCGCUUUGUAGAGUUGCUCAUGUGGAGUGACCAUCCUGAAUACCCAUUUCAUGAUGAAUACUGAACAUGGAAAUUUCUUCAACGGAGUUUUUUUUUUUCCCCUCUCAUUCAAGCUCUUGAGCUGGUUAAUCCCCUCCAGAUGUAGAAAUAAAUGGGGUCUUUCUAUCUUCAGACGAAGAUGAGCAGAUCACACCAUGCUUAACUUUUGUUUAGUAUUAAUUCAACUUAGCUCUGAUGAAUAAAAAAGAUUUAAAUCUA